AUGGCCCGUCAGAAUCCAUUUGAUCAGAAAAAAGCUUCCAUAUUGGCUGAAAUACAGUCCCUCCAACCUGAUCUGUCUCCAAAAGGUGAUGUCGAUGUCCUUUGCUAUCCCAUAAUGGAACUCAUUAACUCACACAACGAUAUGGUGACGACAUCUUCGUGUUCUGGUAGAUUGAGUGUUUUCAUUGAAGGUACCAAGAGCCAUAACGGUCUGCAAAAAUCGGGUGGGAAAGGUGAAGGUGGGCGAUGGCUUUAUGUGACUCACGAUGUUAACGAGGUCCGUGGUUGGUUAGAUAAAAUUAAUCCUGACACUUUUACAUUUGCUCAGGAAGACUUUACGCAUUUGAUUGGGGAUUCAGUUUCAGGGAAAAGACUAGCUUUAUACAAGUAUGAGCCAUUCAUACUGCAUGUGAAGUGUCGAGAUUUCGCAGUAGCGUCUAAACUAUACAACACGGCCAUGAGCUGUGGUUUCAGGGAAAGUGGUAUAGGGUCUAACAACCUUGUUGCCAUUCGAAUCAAUAUCAGAUUAGACAUACCAAUUGGGUUUUUGGACGAGACUACCAACAAGAUAACAUGCUGCGUUUUCCCACAUUACAUAAAGUUCAUUGAUGAACUUACUGUGAGCAAGUUUGAGGAAAAUAAGAAAAAGAUGCAAGUAUUUUAUGAUAGAGUCGAAUCCAACAUGUUCGAGACUGCAGGAGUAAAUACUUCCCUAGAUUAA